AUGCCUGACAGUCUCAUCUUCCUGUAUACACAUCCUGCAAAGAGAAAGCGAUAUGGCCCCAAUAUUUCAAAACACAAAGCAAGAAAAAGAGCCAUUUUGAAAAGUGGUGAAUAUAAUAUCAUAAAACCCAAAUUCACAAAAAGAUAUCUUCGUUACGUAAAAGAUAUUUUCACUAGUUUGGUGGAUGCGGAAUGGAAGUGGACUUUGCAGGUCAUGGUAAUUGGUUUUUUAGGAUGUUGGUUGACUUUUGCCCUCCUUUGGUGGUUAAUUGCUUUCGUACAUACCGAUUUGCAUGAAGAUCACUUACCAACACGACAGGCAGAAACCGGUUGGAUUCCAUGCGUCCUCAACAUCAACGGAUUCCAUUCCUGCUUCCUUUAUUCUCUAGAAACUCAACACACUACAGGAUACGGUUUCAGAGCUAUCACCGAGGAGUGUCCAGAAGCAAUCUUUCUAAUGUGUGCCCAGUGUAUUAUUGGUAUGAUCAUCGAUUCUUUUACAGUAGGAGUGGUUUUUGCAAAACUGACUAGACCCAGAAUGACCACAUAUACAAUUCAAUUCUCCCGAAAUGCCGUAGUGUGCUUGAGAGAUGGGGAACUGUGCAUGAUGUUCAGGGUAGGGGAUUUGAGGAAGAGUAGGCUUGUUGGUGUUAGUGCUAGAGCAAUUGUUAUACACUCUAAAAGAACAAUAGAAGGUGAGAGACUAGCCAAUUAUGAAACAAAACUGGAGGUGCAAUGUGAUGACAUGGGUUCUGACCUUUUCAUGGUUUGGCCGCUAACAAUAAUCCACAAAAUAGACAAUAAUUCUCCCUUCUUCAAUUUAUCAGCAUCAGAAAUGCUUCAUCAUAAAUUCGAAAUUGUGAUAAUUUUGGAUGGUGUCAUAGAGAGUACUGGACAGAGCACACAUGCCAGAACUAGUUAUCUGGAAAACGAAAUUUUGUGGGGUCGAAAAUUUGAAAAUAUCAUUUUCUAUAAUGAAAAAAUGCAAUGUUAUGAAGCUGAUUAUGAAGUCUUCGACUAUACCGUGAAAGUUGAAACCCCUUCAGAAUCAGCAGCUGAACUUUUAUCAAGGAAAAAACAACCAAUAGAAGAUACUAAUGCCGAUGUGAUUGAAAAAAAAAUAGAACUCACUGAAUUCCUAUCGACUACUAACGACAAACGCCGUUGUUCUUUGGAUAAAUUUCAAAAAGAAUCUUCGAAACCUUACCAGAGAAAAAAAACAAGAAAAUCAUCGGUUGCCGGUGAAAAUUAUCUUUUAAAUUCAACAGGAAUCCUCUUGGAUCGGGAUAACCUGGAAACGUUUAAUGAUAAGUACUUCUCGAAGGUCCCACCAAAGAACAUCCAAUCCAGAAAUAUACAACAUAAUAUUACAAAAAACGAACAUUACAAAUACGUGCAUCAAGAAGAUAAAAGAAGCGAAACUCCUCCUUUUCCUGUAAAUUGGGUAUAGAUAUUAAAUGUUAGUGAUUUUGCUUUAAGGACCAAAUAAAAAUUUAAAAAGUG